CAAGGUCUCUCUACCUCAUCCCUACAACAACUAGGACGGUGGUCCUCCUCCGCCUUCACAACCUUCAUUCGUCCGGACAUCAGCGCCGUACGGGCUUCCCAAAGAUCUCUCAGACCCUAACUACACUCAAAAAACUGAUUCUUGGUCCACAUAAAUAUGAAGCAAUAUUUUCAGAUAUAAUAUAACUGAAAUCUGUCAAAUAUAAAGUGGAUUUGUUCAAGCAAUUAAACACAACGUGAAUAUGUUGAAUAUAAACGGAAUGUAAGACAAUUAGUACAGUUUAUUCUAUUAAAUCCCAUAAAGGGGAGGCAGACCCUGAAGGGAGGUAACGCGCAUGACGUUGAUUGUUCACACUGGACGUAGACUUGGUGUUUUCUAUGUGCUACCCGCUUGACUUGGCGUUUGGUUUCAACCUACACCGUCGAUCGACGGACUUUAGGUAAGUCUAAUUGUUUAAUAUUCCGCUGCUUAACCAUACGUUAUUGAAGAUGAACAGUUAUUUUAACGUGUUUAUGCUAUACGAAUAGAAUUGUCUGCAUGUGUAUAUUCGUCGUGCAGUUAGUUUCGCGCCACAAUGCUGGCUGGCUGGCUAGCUAGCGAAACGAGGCCUAGCUAGCGAAACGAGGCCUAGCUAGUUGGGUGCUGCUUGUACUAAGCAUGAACCAGAGCCAGCAGCACAGUUUGUGCUUUGUUGCCCUCCAAACAUAAGCCCGAAUGCCCUAUUAGGAGGGCUAUGUAUGUUUCUGUCGCUUAGGUUGCGUCAAUAAUUACAGUAGUAGCUUAGCCUUAGCCACCGUACUUCCGGUCUGUCUCAAUGCGGUGAUCGCAGCACAGAUACACCCGGGAAUUCGUGAGAGUAAUGGCGCGUUUCCACUGCAGCGGGUAGCUCGCUUUAAGCGUGCUAAUAAGGCCUAACCAAACCGAGCGAGGCCUGAAGUGGAAACGCGCCAUUAGUAAUUCAAGUUACAUUGGAGUUCUUUUCGUGUCGUAUUUUUAGCUAACACUAUCUAAUACUUUCUUAUAUCAACUCCACUCUUCGUCAUGACAUAAGGCUUAGCUAUAGCUGUAGCUCGAGCCAGACAGAAAGAGAGUAGAGUUAGGAUAGGAAAGAAAAAAGAAAUGCAUAAAUACAUGGAUGAAAAUAAAUAAAUGUAAGACAUAUUGGAGCCCUCUUAAUUUACCAACUUCUAUUCAUGCAUUUAUGUACUUGAUUUAUGUAUAUAUUCAUGAAUUACUCAUGUAUUUAUGCUUUAUUUUACUAUUCAUUUAGUAUUUAUUAUUUUUCUUCCAAUUUGUCUUCAUUCUCUCAAGUAUUUAUUUACUGCUGCAAUUAUUUAUACUAUUAAUUAUUUCCCUAUUCCCUCUUAUAGUUAUUUGAGCAUUCAUUUCAUUUAGUGAUUAUUUGAUUGAUUUAUUGAUGUUUGUCAUGUUGUUGUCCUCCAUACUAGGGUUGGUGUGAAUAAUCAAAUAUGACAUAAUACUAAUUAAUUAGUGAUUAAAAACCGACAUUUUCUACCAAGUAGCAUCAUUUUAAAAUCAAGCUGCUGCUCUACAUCACAGACAUCCAGCAGAGGCCUUAUUUAUUUACAUAAUAUUUCAAUAUCUGGCUAGUUUGCUGCAUUGUUCUACAAUGCCAAGGAAUAGCUUAUUCCUCACCUUUGGAAACUAACCGUGUGCUAUUUUUGUUAUAGAUCUAGGAGCUAAAUCAACAUUGUGGAUGGGCAACCUCUAUAUAGGUGUAAUAUGUGAAUGGGCGUGUGGCAAUGUAAGGUCUUGGAGCGUCUGUGAAAGGCACUGUCCAGUCGGUCAUUGCAGACAACCUAGGAGCCCACGGGAUAGCAGGGUUCAUUGAAUGCUUUUCUGGUGUCUACUUCUGCAGAUUUUGUACAGAAUACAUUGAGGGGAAAGAUGUCAUGUCCUGUCCACCUGCGAGUUGUUCUUGGUGUAGAUGACGCAAGAAAACUUACCCUCAAGUCAGGAAUGCCAUCAUCUGUGGAUCAACUUGUCCUUGAGAUAAAGACCUAUUUUGGACUUGAACAACAGUUCAGGCUCCAAUACAAGGAUCUCGACUUUGGAAAUGAGUAUUUUAAUCUUGAGUCAAUCAGUGACAUUGAAGACAAGGCUACUGUAAAAGUGGUAUUUGUUUCAUGUGAAGAAACUAGCUCCAGCAUUCCAGAGACAUCACUACCUUGCAGCACCAGCACACCAUUAACUUCACCCAUGACAUGCAACAGCUCUGUGAUCCUAACCCUAACCUCUGUAAAUGCCCUUCGUACUACAUCCCCUGAUGAAGACGGCUUGUCUUCUCAGCACUCAUUUGACAGUGGAGACGCUGUCAUUCUAGAUCCAGCUCCAGAGACAAGAACCUCCUCCUGGCCACCAAUCUUCUUUGUUCCCCGCUUUUCAUAUUUUGCUGAAUUUCAGCUCCAAAGAGCAACUGCUGAUUUCAGAGCAAAUGGCACUCUUCUUACCCCUUCUCCUAAACUGCGAAUGGAUAUCCUUGAAGGCAUGGCUGAAGAAAUAUUCAAAUGCACAGCAUAUCCCAGUGAUUCCCAAAUUGAAGAGGCUGCUACUGUCCUUGUGCAUACCCAUCCAUGCUUGAAGGAGAGAGGAACUCGUGCUGGCCAUGAGGGAUGGAAGCAGUAUCUAAAAACAAAGGUUGCCAAUUUCCGCACAAAACUAAACAAGAUUGGACACCCUGAGGUCAGUGUAAACUCUCUCAAGAACAAGCGCAAAGGACAAGAACAAGCAGCUGCAAAUAUCAAAAAGCCAAGAAAGGCAGAAGUUAACUUCCUCCCACCACUCCCUAGUGGUGAAACAAGAGACAGUCUUGAGAAAGAAAGGGUAGUGCUCCUGACCGAGGUGAAAAAGAGAAACAACGACGCUGUAGUCAAAAAGAAGAUGCAGAAGACCUUCGCCUACAGACGCCAAGAGAUUGUCCAGGAAGCUCCUGUGGUGGCUGAACUUGUAAACAAGUGGCCUGCCUUGUUUACAGUGAGUGAAAUAAAUGCAGAAUUCAUGCGAAUCACAACUUUGCCACUCCAAGCCAAGUUCCUGGCAGAGCUUGACAGAUACUCGCCUAACCUACUGAAGGUCUUCCACAAUAGAGGAGGAGAUGCUGGAAGGAAGAUCCGGCUUCUCAUGGCACCGACAGCUAGGAGUGAGGACAUUGAGCUCAAAAGAGACUCUGUCCUGAAAAGUCUGUGUGCCUACCUGAAGGAGGACAGCAACAGUCUCAUCAAGGAGUACCUGAAUGUCAGGAGUGAGGAAGCCGAGAGUGCAAUCCCACAGACUACCAUGGGACUUUAUGUGAUCCGCAAUGAGGGCGCUCAGGAAGAGGACGGGCCAGAGGAUGUCGGUGUGAUCAUCGAAGGUGUGGAACUGCUAUCCAAUCUGCGAAGUAUUUCGUUAGGAUGGGCCAUGCUUUUUGGGUUGAUUUACACUCUCAACUUGAGCUAUCCACCGGAACUCAAGUUCACUUUUGAGUUUUUACAGAAAGUGUUGAUGAACUUGGAUGGCAACAAGCUGUCACCAAAGGUCCAAAGCCUUAAAAUCAAGAUGCUUCAGUGAGCCCAUCAUUUCAGGGCUGGACAAUCAAGCUGUGACAAGAAUUUUUCUUGUUGGACAAUAUACGUUUGAUGACUACAUACUACUUAAGGCGGUUCAAGUAGGAAAUAUUGAACUCUGGGACAGUUAUUUUUUGGCACAUUCAUUCGGUUUGAACUUUAAUGGACCAUUUUGGUGGAGAAAACUGUUCUUUGACAUGUACAUUUUUCGAUGAGAUUGCAUAAUCUUUUGUUGCAAUAGAUGAGAACGAGCGAUGGAGAUCCCUUUUUUUUUUUAUCGCCAUAAACAUCUCAUGGACUCGCCACUUAAAAAGCUACAAUGCCAAGUGAGAUUCCUCUGUGAAAGUCAGUCUGAAAAUGUUUACAAUGGACAAUUGUGAUGUUCUUAAAAGUUGCAAGGUGUUGAAUUUUAACAUUUCUUUUCACCACUUAAAAAGCUACAAUGCCAAGUAAGAUUCCUCUGUGAAAGUUAGUCUGAAAAUGUUUACAAUGGACAAUUGUGAUGUUCUUAAAAGUUGCAAGGUGUUGAAUUUUAACAUUUCUGUGUUAAUACCUAAUAGAGUGGUGCAGUGAAGAUGUAUUUUUGU